GCAGUGAGUGAGCUGACAGUGAGAGCGGUUCAGACUGGGGCAGACACUCCGCCCCUGCUUCCACCGCACGCACGUCCUUUCCGGACCGGGGUUGGUGCUGGGGAGGCUGAUCUUCAGCAUCUUCCCCCGGCUCUCGGGCCCUCACCUGAUCCUCCCCCCUCUCCAUCCCAGCCAGCGAGGGGAGGGGAAAGCAGCUUUGGAAGGAGGUCCCUCCCCGGGCUGAUUUGAGUGCUCCUUGCCUUCCGCACGAUGGACGAGCCGGAGAUUGAGCGGCGCUCCAUGGCCGAGGAGGAUCCGAACGGUAACGAGCACGGAGCCGGGGCGAGGAGCAGCACGGUACCGCGCUGGGGACCACAGCACGCCGGGGCCAAGGAGCUCGCACAGCUUUACUCACCAGGUAAACGGUUACAAGAAUGGAUCUGUGUCAUCUUGUGUGUCUGUUUGGUGGUGAUCAACUUCUUUUUCCUGAUGCUGCAUUUUUCUAUGGAUCACUUUUCCAAAUUAAUAGUAGCCAUAUUUGCUGGGAUUGUUACUGCGGAUUUUGCCUCCGGCCUGGUUCACUGGGGAGCAGACACCUGGGGUUCUGUUGAUAUCCCUGUCAUUGGCAAGGCAUUUAUAAGACCUUUUCGAGAGCAUCAUAUUGACCCAACUGCAAUAACAAGGCAUGACUUCAUUGAGACUAACGGUGAUAACUGUAUGUUCACUAUUAUUCCACUGGCCCAUAUGACCUACAAGUUUAUCACUAACAGUCCAGAAGCUAUCUAUGAAGCUUAUGCUUGGGACUGCUAUGUCUUCUGUUUAGGCAUAUUUGUGACAAUGACCAAUCAGAUUCACAAAUGGUCCCACACGUACUUUGGUCUGCCUAACUGGGUCACCAUCUUGCAGGACCUGCACAUCAUUCUGCCCAGAAAGCAUCACCGAAUCCAUCAUGUUGCCCCUCACGAAACUUACUUCUGCAUUACCACAGGAUGGCUUAACUACCUUCUGGAAAAGAUUGGAUUUUGGCGGAACUCUGAAUAUGUCAUAACAAACCUGACUGGACAUAAGCCAAGGGCUGAUGACAUGAAGUGGGCCCACAAGAUGGAAUAGAUUAAUAUGAACUAACCAAUCAUGUUUUUGGCCACUGAACAGUCCAAGCUGUACUCAAGAACAAAAGACGCUUCUAAUUGAUUUUUCUAAAUCCAGACCAGCACUUGGAAACUUGCAGAAUAUGCAAGAUGUGAUAUAUGUUUGAAAGACAUUUUAUUUGCAAAUCGUUGCUGCUAUUCAGAUUAGCUGCUGAUAAUGGUGUAGACACAAUUACAGAAAUAAAUCCUUUGCUUCCCACUUUGUUAAUGUACAAAAUACUAACUAUGUACCACGCCACCUUGUACUCAAUAUUUGGUUAAAAACAGUACCAGCAACACAUUAAGAAAAUGUAAAGAUCAGCGUGCCAUUUCAAUGGUGAAUUUUGGAAGACUUUGGCAAAAGGUAAUUGCAUCCUGAUCAAUCUUAAGCAGCUGUUAAAAUAACUGUAAUCCCAGAGAAUUGUGAAGCUCAUGUGGGACUUCAUACAAAGUUUAUUUUAAUUUUAUCAUUGAGUUUUUGUUGUUUUUAAGCAAUGAUGUUGGUGAUGGUUUUAAUGUGAGGUAACAACAACAUAAUAUAGAAUCAAAUCAGAGAAGCUUUCAUACUCCUAAUGUAGCCUCACAGUUAACUCAAGAAUAAACAAGAGGACCACUUUAAAA